UCGUCUGUGCUCGUUUUGUGGUGUGGUUGACACUUGACGGUUGUUGUGUUUGAUUUUUCAAGUUUUUAAUAAUUUUGUAUAUCUUUAAUUACUUAAUUCAAGUCUUACAAAUACGUUAUCAAAAUGGAUAAAAGCAAAGAAAAAGAGGAGCAGAGUAUUAUGGAUAAAUCCAUGAGAUCAGUUUUCGUUGGAAAUAUACCAUACGAAGCUACCGAAGAAAAACUGAAAGACAUUUUCAGCGAAGUCGGUCCGGUGUUAUCGUUCAAAUUGGUAUUUGAUCGGGAAACUGGAAAACCCAAAGGUUAUGGUUUCUGUGAAUACAAAGAUCAAGAAACUGCACUUAGUGCGAUGAGAAAUCUCAAUGGAUACGAGAUCGGUGGUCGUUCCCUUAGAGUUGACAAUGCUUGUACCGAGAAAUCGAGGAUGGAAAUGCAAGCACUUAUGCAAGGGCCUCAGGUUGAGAAUCCUUAUGGCGAUGCAGUGGAGCCGGAGAAAGCACCAGAAGCUAUAAGUAAAGCUGUUGCAACACUACCACCAGAGCAGAUGUUUGAGCUUAUGAAACAAAUGAAACUUUGCAUUCAGAAUAAUCCAACUGAGGCAAGAAACAUGUUGCUACAAAAUCCACAGUUGGCUUAUGCACUGUUGCAAGCUCAAGUCAUUAUGAGGAUAGUUGAUCCAGGAACUGCAGUUACCAUGUUGCAUCCCAGCAACCCAGUUCCACCAGUGCUGCAACCCGGAGAUAAGAUCAACCCAUACAUUCCAAGCAGUACCCAACAAGUUCAACAACCUCAUAACAACAUGAAUAAUCCACCACCACCUCAAAAUCAAUAUGUCCCAACAAGCCGCCCACCGCCAAUGCAGCAGAACAUGGGCGGCAUGGACGUGGACCUGCGCGGAGCACGUGCUCCCGUGCUGGAUCAGGACAUGCGCAGCCUGCCCCCCGUGCCUCACCCCGUGCCGCCGCCGCCCGUGCAGCCGCCGCAAGACACUUCCUUCCCCCGAGAUCCACGUCUCGCGAGUAUGCAGGGAUUCAACAGCGAUCCACGCGUGCGAUCCAACGAUCCACGCAACCAGCCGAAGAUGCCACCGCAGCAAAUACCGCCCGGUAUGCCGAGUGUGGCUCAAGCUCGAACAAUACAAGGAAUACCAUCAGGAGCUUCGGACCAAGAAAAGGCCGCGUUGAUUAUGCAAGUGUUGCAGUUGUCAGAUGAACAAAUCGCGUUGCUUCCCCCCGAACAGCGCGCUAGUAUACUAAUGCUGAAGGAACAAAUUGCAAAGAGUACUCAACAACGUUAAUCUAAGUUAAAAUUAAAAAAAGUGUAUCAAUUUCGUUUUAAAACGAGAACAAUUCAAAUUGAUAUUGAAUAAAUAAAAUGUUUUUUUGUCUCUUA